AUGUCUUCAUCGUACAACAACUCAAUCUCAUCAUCCUCCGCUCUGUCUUUCCGUUUCUCCGGCGCAUCCACUGGAGAAAACAACUUUAACAGUGGAGAGACGGUGAUGACAAUGAUUCAAAAACCCAACUCCGUUUCUCCACCACCCAAGAGACUAAGAAACAAACCAGGAAACCCAAGUCCAGAUGCUGAAGUGAUAGCACUGUCUCCAGAGGAGAUAAUGGCGACGAACAGGUUCCCAUGUGAAGUAUGCAACAAAAGGUUUCCAAGAGAGCAGAACCUACAGCUUCACAGGAGAGGACACAACCUUCCAUGGACGCUGAAACAAAAGUCCGACGAAGAAGUAAGGAAGAAGGUGUAUGUUUGUCCCGAGCCCACGUGCGUCUACCAUGAUCCGUCACGUGCUCUCGGAGACAUCACCGGAAUCAAGAAGCAUUAUUGCCGGAAGCAUGGUGAGAAGAAAUUUAAAUGCGAGCAAUGUCCUAAGAGUUAUGCUGUUGAAUCUGAUUUCAAAGCUCACUCUAAGAUUUGUGGUACCAAAGAGUAUCGAUGUUACUGUGGUACAACCUUCACCAGAAGAGACAGUUACGACACUCAUAGAGCAUUCUGUGAUGUAUUACAAGAGUCAGCAAGAAGCCCUACCGUGAGCAACAAGGAAAUCACAGCUGCUGCAGCUGGUGGAGGUGGUGGCAGACCAUUCUUUUUCCGCGGUGCUUCUUCUGCUCUCUCUCACAACCGUUUUGGUAAAACCUCAAACACUGGUUAUACCCCGCUAGCUAGAGGUUACAAUCUGAACCGUUCAUCGCCCGAAACGUUUGGAAACUUCGUACCUCAGGCCACAAACCCUAACCAUGGUCCUACUAAUUUCCCCAUGCAAUACCCUUCGAACCAAGGACUGUUGGCAAGGAAAGACAAGAAUCUAAUGAACCAGAAAGGUCUGAUCAACAACAACAACAAUAACAACAACUUGCUCAAUCCCGGAUACUUUCAAGACAAAACUGUCACUAGGAACCUCUAUGCUCAGACAGGUGUUCCUUCUCUGUUCAACCAUGCUGAUAACAACGUUCCUUCUGCUCUACUUGGAGGGUUUAGUUCCUCAUCACCUUCUGCAAAUGUGGUCGUUAAUAACUUUGGAGGCAGUGGUAAUGGAAACUUUCAAGUUCAAAUGAACUCUCUAGCUGCGACAAGUGGUCUUCAAGGCCGGCCCGGUAGCAGCGUUUUCGACCAUCGUUUCGAAAACAAUCUCACUGAUAGGGAGACUUUGGACUUUCUUGGCGUUAAUGGUCGUGGUAGUGGUCGUAAUGGACCUCCUUUGGACGUUGACAUGAAGUAUUCAGACCCAAAUAAUCCGUAUGGAGGAGUUUGA